UCCCGGCCACGUGGGGGCAGUAAUGCGCCGGUGAACUUGGAAAAGCUCAAAGAAGUUGAAGUGAGCGAAACUUAAAGCAGUUGGUGCAGUUUGGCAUAACGGGCACCUUUAAAUUUCUUGUUGUUUGAACCGUGGAAAUCGUGCGUAACGCAGUCGGUGUAUGUACCGUGCCUGUGUAUAGUAAGCCAAAGUAAAUAUAUUGCUAUCUGUGGGUUAGCACUGAUUAACACGCUAGCCUGGUUACCGGGCUACCAAUGAGUGCUAGCCGCGUUAUAGCGCCUAAAAACGGCAGGAACGAAGCUCCAGUCGGCCGGGUGAAGGAGCACCGAACCUUCAGAGCCAGCAGAGUGUUGGCUGAGAGGAACCAGGCAGUGGUGGCGGUGGGAGCCUGGGUGGAGGGCGGAGACGACUUUGUGGAGCACCCUGCUGCUCUGGCUUUAGUGACCGAGGAGCUCCUGGCAGAAAAGAGGAGGGAGAAUGAGGAGAGCCUUCAACGGUUUCAAGAUGAAGUGCGCCACCGUGUGGCACAGCGAGCACAUUCGUUCAAGAAGAGACGACAGCUGCAGACAGAUCCAGCGGUGACACCUGACCAACGAGUCAUCUGGGCCCAUCAUAAAGGUGAGACGGUGAAAACUGCUGCACAGCAAAGGAUGGUGGAGAGCAGGCCUCAGGAGUCUGGUGAAGGCAUGAGGCAGGUCAGACUCAGACUGGCUGCCUGUCGGGUGAUCCAGCAAGAGGAAACGGCGUCAGAACUUCCCGGAGGCAGCUGGAACAUCUCUCCAACCAGACAUAAAGCAGAAUUUGAUGUGCUGAGAGCAGAGGAGGAUGUUCUCUUCACCAGUCGACACGAAUGUCCUCUUGUUCAGCAGAAGGUGAGUGGACGUGCGUUGUGGAGUCCUGACCAAUCGCGUCCUAAUCCUGGUUUCAAGUCCAGCCUCAGAGUCUGGCCUCUGACUGACCAAGAAGAACUGAAACGACAGCGUCAGUCUCAGUUCCUGACGCAUCGCCGCCAAGCCAUGAACAUCGAGAGAGAGCAAGUGAAGGAGAACAAGCAGCACAGGAAGCACGUGAAGAGGACGGCAAGGAUCAAAGCAGAGAAAGAACAGGUUCGUCUGGAGGAGGAGAGGAGGUUGGAGAGAGUUCGGCAGCUCGUGGAGGCCAGACAGAAGCUGGAGGAGCGAGAGCUUCUGAUUCUGGAGCGACUAAAGCUUGAGGAGGAGGAGAGAGCUGCGGAGCUGCAGAGGAGAAAGCGGGAGGAGAAAAGCAAAGUAGCCACAAGGUUUAUCGAAGCUCUGAGAGCUCAGAUGAAGGAGCGAAUGUCUCAGGUGAAGCUGGAGCUUCCUCCUCUCUGCUGCUGUGCGUCCUCGUUCUGGGACUCCCACCCCGACACCUGCGCUAACAACUGUGUCUUCUACAAUAAUCCCAGAGCGUAUGCCCAGGCGCUACAUUCAGCGUUGGUGAGUUUGGAUUUGCAGUAAUGGAAGCUGAUGAGCUGCAGUGGAAACUGAAUUGGAUCCUUGCUGUCUGUUUAGAGGAGCAGUCUGAGAUUUUGGAAAAGAGGUUAAGUGUGAGUUUUCCAGCCUAAAAUCAGAUCAAUGCUGCCUCUCAGCACAGAGAAGGCCAGGGCAUGUUGAGCCUCCACAAUAAAAGACCUUAAUGCAUUUCGAUUUAGACAUAAAAUCCUAAUGACUUUGUUGACCCACUGGAGUUUAAUGUAAUACUACCUGCAGGCCCAGAACUUUGAUUUUACUUUUUAAUAUCUCAAUAUUUUAAAGAUGAUUGGGUGCACAGUUUUUAUUAAUAAGCAGUAACAACCAUAAGGUCUGUGGAGAACUCCUGUCUUUGUUUCUGGCAUUGUAAUCGGAUCAUUUUCACUCUCCCAGAUCUUUUAUUUUAAUAUUUGGAAAACUGAUAAAUAUCAUGUCACUGUGAACAAUCAGCUGGAACAUCGCCUCGCCUCAUUACAACCUCAGAGGGCUGGAAUGUAUACACAACAAUGUUAUACACUUAGAUUUAUUCUGUUGUUUGUGAGGAAUAAGCUCAAGUAUAAAAAUUGCAUUUCGAACUCUUUGUUUACCACAUAAUUAAUUUACUUUUGCAGCCUCACUGAAUCUCCUUUGAUUUAUUUAUUGCUAAUUAAGGAAUCUGUGUAGUGUCUCACUCUGUAUAUGUUGUUUUAGUGAUGUUAGUUUAUGUGGUGAGUAAACUUGAAAAAGUGCUUGUGUGCUGUUUGUUUUUGUGGGAUUUAUAAAAAUGACUGUGCAUCAUUAGAAAGUUUU